AUGGGCUACGAGCUCUUUGCCAAACGCCUUCUAGAGUCUAAAGUUGUGUUUAAGUUGGGAGAUAGCAAGGUCAGAACGGAUGCAGGUCUUGCUAAGCGUGCCAAGGCCCAGAGGUCCACAAUCGACUGGCAUCAUACCCGCAAAGUCUUGAUGCACAGUUACGGACAGGCCCACGGGUUCACUCCUCCAAAGCAGGGAUAUUUUGGAGCCGAAGAGGGCAGCUCUAGAGGCGAACUCGAAGAAGAUCAGAUGAGCGAUUCUGAGGAGCUUCAUGUUGUGGAUAAGGACAAGAGCACCUCCGACAAAGACGUACCUGAGCUCAGUCGAUCACUGGAUGAGGUUGAGGCCUUCCUGAAGGCAUAUGGCCGGAGUACCGGUACCGCUGGCGCAGACUCGGCCACCGCCGUCUCGGUCAAUAAGGCUAUUACCGCUAUCAUGGGAGAUAUGCACCGCGGAAUCAACACCCACGAAGGUGUUUUCGACCCGGCCAGCGCGGAUGCUGAUGAUGUUGAAACCGGUAGUGGGUCAGACCAGGACCGACGCCAUGUGCUCUCAUUCGAGAAGAAGGGCAGGCAAAUGCUACGCCUCUACUUCGAAAGCUUGGAACUCCGCACUGGCGGCGAAAUCCUGCAGUGGUACGCCCAGAACCGAGACCAGAUACCAAGGAAGUGCUACCGUGUGUACAGUGUCGGCUCAGGGUGGUUUCCAGUCGAUCUCCUGAAGGCGGGCAAGUGGCCUGAGAUGGGCCGUGUCACCUUUGACGAGGCCCAUACGAUCCGAAACCUCGACUCGAUCUUUUACAUCGGGGCACGCCUCGUACCGGCCCACGAAAUGCUUCUAGCCACAGUUAACCCCCAGUUCAACGGUACCCACGAUAUCCUUGCUUACGCCAGCCUCUUUGCUGCCCGGUCCGGUUUGGACCGAUACUUCGACGCCGCCCCAGGGGUUGAGUGUUCUGCAGUGAUAAAGGGUGUGAAGUCAUCGGAAGAGGUCGUUGGAAAAGCCUACGUUACUCUGCAGCAGAUGGAAGAUACAUCGUUUAUCGACCAGCUACACCAGUGGGCCAAUAAGAAUCUUGCGCGCCCCACUUUCCUCUCGUCUUUCAUUUCACUACGGCGAAUGAAGACACGACUACGCGCCGGCGACCGGGACAUCUACCCCCGUGCUUCGCUCCCUGAAUUCCGUGUCCGGACUGUCAAAUUCUCGUUUCAGCCCAAAAACGAAAACCUUCGGACCAUGCAACAUCUCGCCAGCGCUGCUGUAAAGUUCAUGUACACAAUACUGGACUCUACAGACCAGAACGACAAAUCCAAGUCAGCGCAGACCAAAGAGCAGCGAACCAGCCGGCGCAAGCUACUACGGGAUAUCAAAGAGGCGUUGAACCUCCGGGAAGGGAGAGAGGGCUCUAUUGCAAUGGCUUUGCAUCGGAUCCUAACCUUGAUCUCCUUCGACAUGCGGAAUUAUCGCCUACUAUUUGACAAAACCGUCUUUGACUGUGAUCCUCUGGUAAAGUUAUCCGACGACGAGGUCAAAAAGCUGCACUGAAUUCCUGGGACGAACCAGCCUCGCCCUGCGUCACCAGAAACCCUUGGGAGUGCGAAAACCGCCCCCGUGGCCAAGACUCGUCUUGGCUCCGAGGACAUUAGAAAGCUAGC